AUGCCCCAGAACGUAUGCAAGUUCUAUCUGCAGGAUAGAUGCAGAUUCGACCAUCCUGGCGCGAAGCAGUCACAGAACUACAAUCAGUACCAGAAUCAACCCAGGCCCCAGUAUCAAGGCCGGAACCAGAGCCAAGACCCACCUCGAUAUCAGAAUCAAGGUCAAAACCAGAACAGAUAUGGCGCCUUCCAGGCCGGUUCGGGCAAUCCGCCAGGCGGUCCGAGAGGCCAACAAGGAGGGCGGAACUAUAACUCGCGCAACCGCGAACUACCUUACCACCUGAAUGCCGAAGUCAUAGAAGCCGACCUGAGGGACGACCUCCCGACAUGGAUUCUCUCGGAGUACGGGCCUGGCAGAAACCCUCCGAGGGGUCUGUUUGGCAGUGGCGUCGAAAUGAGUCCUGAGGAGAUGCGUACGCUGUACUAUCUCGGUAUGGCCAACGGCAACGUGCAAGAAGCACAACAACAUGAGAACAACCUCGUCAAUCAAGCCCGUCAAAUGCACCAAAAGGUGCUCCACGAUCUGGACGGCGCGCUCGACUAUGUCAUUCGGGGCGAAACAGAGCAUCCAAACCGACUUGACAUCGUCAAGCAGUCCAUGAGUUCGAGCCAACAAAGUCCGAACCAAGGUGCACUUCUGCAUAACCGUCCGUCAACUUCAUCGGGAGGAGCCUUUGGCCGACCCUCGCAACCAGGCUCGCAGACUGCUUUUGGCAGGCCAUCGCUUGGGCAACCAUCCGCUCCUGCCUUUGGACAGCCAUCUGCUGCUGCCUUUGGUCAACCUACAGCCUCUGCAUUUGGGCAACCGUCUGUACCAGCAUUCGGGCAACCGUCCGCACCUUCAUUUGGUAAACCAACCCUACCCGCUCAGCCAUCUUCAUUCGGCCAGCCAUCCUCGAACGCAUUCGGCGGCGCACCUACCGUGCCAUUUGGUACGGCUCCUUCUGGAGGGUUUGGGCAAUCGAAUCAGAAUGUCCAACACACCAAUGCAUUCGGUCAACCGCAGCCAAGUCCGAUGGAUACAGGAACGAGCACAUCAUUCACCCCUAUGUCCGCGGGGGGGUUCGGGCAACCUUCCGGGUCUGCGCCGUCAGCUCCAUUUGGUGCAGCACUCAACUCAACGUCCACCGGUGGGUUUGGGCAGCCUUUGGGCACUGCACCCCCAAACCCGUUUGGCGCGGCGCCCAGCUCAAUAUCCACAGGUGGGUUUGGGCAGCCUUCAGGACCCGCGCCUCCGAAUCCCUUCAGCAGCGCUCGAGGCCCGGCACCAGCACCAAGUAGUUUCGGACAGCCUUCGAACCAGCCUUCGAACCAAGCGCUAGCAGGCGCCGUCAACUCGAUCAGCACCGCGACAAACGGUAUCCUGUCUUCCGGAGGCUUCGGCCAGCCCCCACUCCCGACGUCAGUAAACCCCGUCAGCGCCGCAUCUGUACUCCCACCCACCGCACCUUCCUCGCAACCGCUCCCCAGUCCCCAAACAAACGGUGCCGCCACCACAAACGGCACCGCCAAGUCUCUCGACGACCUCCCCAGCGCCCCACUCCCCCAACCCCCGCUCUCAACCUACGCAACCCACGACCGCAACAACCGCCUCACGACCUGGAAGGGCCGCCCGGUGCAAUACAUCCCCCUCCCGGCUACUGAGGGCGCGGAUAAGGCGCCUGUGCCGCACUACCAGCGCCCGGAGAAUGGCGAGUGGGAGCGUAUUUGGUUCCCGGAGGGGAUGCCGCCAGCGAAUCUGGAUGCGGCGCCGGAUCCGCAGCGCUGGGGGGAGGGGUUCGCGAAGGCGUAUAAUUUUGUUAGGGGGAAGGGGGAGUUCUUUGGGGGGGUUAUGCCGGAGGAGCCGCCGGGGCAUGAGUUUGUUAGGUGGGAUGUUUAG